AUGAAGACGUCCGUUCCUCCAACCGCGAAUGGUACUGGCGGGGGCUUAGGCAGCGGGUUGGGAAGUUCCUCGUCCUUACUGAGCGUUCCAUUUGGUGUCCGUGCGCCAAAUAGCAGUCCGGAAAUUGCUGACACUUCCUUGUCCGAGACCCCAAUUGACCCGAGCCAAGAUUCUUUGCCUCGCAUUAGUGCCGCUAAUGCAUCACCGCCUAGACAGCCUCUUAUCGGGGGAACCGGUGGGCGAGGAGUUCUUCGAGGAACCCAGCUACAUGGAUCGCCCCUGCAAGCGGCAGAGCUGGAGGCGCGGCUGCUUCGGUCGAUAUCGGAAGAUGCGUCGCGGUCAAGAGAGGUUGACGAGAAGUAUGAGCAGGAGGACCAACCGCAGAUCCGGAUUCCUAGCUACGAGCAGAGAUUAGAAGACCAAAUGCGUGACCUGGAGGCAAACCAGGCACGAGAGCUGGCGCAAGCGAGGCGUAGCCAACAAACCCUGUGGGAUAUGCAACGGGAUCUUCUCGGAGGAAUGCACCAGCAGCACCUAUCUAGUCUUGGAGCCCCGAUCUCACCAGAACAACAACAAGAACCGAAAAGCUGGUUUGAAGAAGUGGAUCCCAAUAUGUCCUUGCGAAAAUACGUUCGGCAACCGAGUGAGCAACAAGUUGUGGAGAGUCCAAAUGCCUCGGUGCGUCAUUUGGUGCAUCACUACGAAAACAUCAGCGCGUCAGUACAUCCAGGAGGAGUUGGCUCCCCGCGUUCAAUACAAGCUAACACGAACAGCCCCGGGGGUGGAUCGACCUGGUCCGGGAGUACAGCCGCUAGUUUUCGAACGAGCCCCGGGAGGACGCGCACAAAUGAGGAUCUUCUCUAUAACACGAGCAGCAUCGCGACUACAGCAAGGUUCGGGCCGCCGCUGAACGCUGAACGCGUAUCGAUCGAUGAUUGGCACCCGGUUCGCCGGCCUACCCCCGAGCCCACGUCGUCACCCAGAGUCGAACAGUAUAACGAGGAGGAGGAGCAGAGCGGGUAUCCGAAGGUGCCGUCAUCGCAACCAACAACGUCUUCUGCUCCAUCCUCCUCCGACCGAGGCGAGCAGAUGGACAAACCGCAAAUCUCCGAGAUGCAGCCGCAGUACUGUGAACUCGGGCAGUAUGGUCCAGCGGCUCGGUCGGGAUCCCAGUCAGCAGGUGGCACGCAGUACCCGAAAGCGGGCGUCAUCGGAAGUGGCUCGGCCUGGACAUCGGCGGAAACCACAUCACCGGCCAUGCGGGCGGAGGGAACAGUAUAUGAUAAUUUCAUAGUAGGAGGAGGUGAGCAAUACAGGCAAAUCCGACCGCCGUCGUCUGCAGUCGUAGAGGAGCUGGGACCAGUACGACACGAUGCUUUUGGAAGCAGUGCGGGGCAGAAGAACCAGGGCAAGCCUGUUAAGGUCUCGUUCCAACACAAUAUUCCGAAUACUAGUGAAGAUGCUGUGAGGAGCACUGGUGUUCUUAGUGUGACCACUGGUUACGCAAGUUUAGGAAAAAUACAACUCAGUGACGCUGGCAGAAAUUCCCAAGUCGUAGAAAUGAAUGGGAUUGCAGCAAAGCCAGAACGGGUAAGCGAAGCCGAUACAUCGUGGGAUCCUGCGGAGCUGCAGGCUAGGCGGUUGGCGAAUAAAGGCAAUGAUAAAACCAGGCGAGACUGCUGCUUCUGCGGAUAAGUAUGAAUGUUGCGACGCAUUUUAGAUCGUGCAUGUAGAAACGAGUAGACUGCCACUUGCUUACAGGAGAACUUCCGCGAGAGAUGAGCUGCACAAAACCCGGAAACAUCAAUCAUGGUGCGGAGAAUCUCGAGCACCGACUGAUAACCACUUUUCUUCUUUACCCUUCAAUAUUACAGCCCAUUCUCGAAGAAACACCAACACGACCAGAUGCGGCAAUAUGUUACACUUGCACAAUCAAUAAUGCGUGUGAUUAUUACCUAAGCGGCCUCAUUCACGAGGACUCAAUAGGCGUUAUGCAGGAUGAGCAUUUGUAUCAUACAUAUAAAAUAUUAAAAAAUAUCUACCUAAUUCUUACAUUACGAUUACCCCGUCGUCAAUAGCUUUUACUCCUCGCUUCCGUCAAUUAAGUCGUUGACUCGACCAAAACCAUCAAAGCGUUGUGGACUCCGAAAAAACAUGUGCACAAAGAUCCGCAAUGAUCAGAUCCUAGGAUUUUGAUCUGAGUGACCUAAAGAUAACGGCACAGAUAAUCUUUCCGUCGCAAUACAUAGACGAAAGAC